AUGUCGCUCUUCCUGGUCGUCUGCUCCGACACCGUGGAGAACCGCGGAUCGCCGACGUUCCGGUUCAGACCGAAGAUCUUCGCUCCCGGAGAGGCCCUGUGCAGUGCUUUCGCUGCCAGGGGAUCAAUCACGUCGCGCGCCACUGCUCUAUGCUGGACAGCCAGCUAUCGUGGGUGUGAGGUGUGGAGGCGUGCCAUCGCUCGCCAACGUGGCCAAACACCAGCGCCGCGUCCGAAGAAGCCAGCAACGAGACGGCCCGGCGUCUCUUUCGCGGCGGCAACGUCAGGGGCGCCCUCCGCCGUCCCGGCUGCGUCGGCUGCUCCUGCUCCUGCCGUGUCCGAUGCCGUGCCGAUACCUGAGGCUCCUGCGCCUCCACCACAGCAGCUAGUGGCGGACCCGGGUACUGCCUCUCCCGGGCCGUCGGCCAGACCGCGCCCCGCCAAUCGCCUGCGCGGGGGUCAGCGCCCCGUGGGUACCCAGCGCUCAGCACCGUCACUCGAGCAGCCCCAGGUGGACUCUCACAGCGAGUCAGCCACGCCUCCCCCUUCCUGCGACGGGGCCGCGCCGGCUGCCUCCACCGCUGACCUGACCAACCUCGUCGGGCACCUCACUGCCUUGGUGACCAGUGCUACGAAGUUGAUUCAAGUACUGUCGCAGCAACUCACCGCUGCAGUGCCGAUGGCCUCUCCGGCCCCGACCGCUGUCAACACUCACCAGCUGCACCAUGGGCAGCGUUAG